CAGUUUUGGCUGAGAAAUGGAAUUUUUAGUGGAUAAUCUCCCCAACGACCCCAAUUUUUCGAAGAAAAUUAUAAUUUCGAAUUUUGACCUGAAACUUUGUCCAAAGUGAAGUCUCACUCAGACUAGCUCUUGUAGAAAAUUUCAGAAUUUUUGGAUAUUGUAUUCCGGAGAUAUGAAUUUUUCAAAUUUCGCACAAUAUCGAUGGAUAAGCGCCUGAAAUUUGAAAAAUGCAUAUCUCAGAAAGACUAUAUUCAAAAACUCUGAAGCUUUCUACAAAAGCUAGUCUGAAUGAGACCUCGCUUUGGCCAAAGCUUCAGGUCAAAAUUAAUCAUUUCGGUAAAUUUCCUUCGAAAGUGCGUUUUUACAAAAUCGAAAAUGUGUACAUUUCGAUAUUGAAGUCAAAAGUGAUAGUUGAAAGUGGUAUCUGUUAACGGUUUUCUUAUGAAACAAAACUUUAAAGUAUCCUCUAUUACCAAGAAAAAAAAGACCUCAUUUGAUGAAAGAGCAAUGGAGAUACUCAAUUUUUUUAUCCGUCGGGAGUUUUGGGACACCCUGUAUAAUAGAAGAAUUCUCGAAAGGAAUUUCUAAACACAAGAUUUGUUAUGAAGUAUAUCUUAUGUCUUGAAUCUCACGGUCUUUCUCAAAAAUCAACGUUAUAUUGUAAUUCUUCAUUAACAAAAUCUUCGCGGGUAUCCUCAAGAAGCGUGCCAAAUCCUAUACAGAUCUUUCCCAAAACACGUCUAUAGUGAAGCUUUCAGAUCAGCAUCUAGUAGUUCGUUGGCGACCCUCCGGACCACCACUCACGGCUAACCGCUCACUUGCUUAAGUUUACUUCUCCAAAGGAUCAUACACUUUUAUUUACACGUAACCGAUAUAUUUUUGUCUUACUUCAAAAACAUCUUGAAUUUAUAACAGAAGACUUGUGAAAGGAUAAUUGAAAACGCCGGAGCUACUCUGCAACAAUAUAUGGAUAGAGGAUUGUGUCUCAACACCUAUGAAUUAUGACGGUGGAGAAUCAACUGAUUAUCUACAGCAAGCAAACCCAUUUCACUUUGUAUGAUUCUCCCUUCAGUCGAAAGGAUAAAUUCCUUCAGUCAGAGGAAAAAUCAUUUUUUUCGUAAACAAGCUUUUCUCUGCUGAAAAAAACUGCAAAUUUUGAAAAACCGAUCGCAGAUUUGGAUUCCUCGACCCCGAUUCCCUUUGGACAAACUUAACGAACUGCACUAAUAUGUGGAGACACGUGACUAGACACGUGCAUGCAAGCAUAGAAGCACACCCAAACUCAUUUUAUUUCGUAAGAUUCUUCCUUCAGUCGAGGAAGUAUAUCAAGAACCUUAUCUAUAGUUACCAUUGGGAAACACGUGGUUAAGUAGGAUUCGACAUAGAAUCCAGAGAUAUCAUAUCCAGUUGUCAAGCAUUGAACAGUGUAAAAUUCGUUGAACUUAAAACCUCUUUUGUUUUGGCGAAACACAAUCUAAAAGGAGUCUUGAAGUAUAUAAGGUAGAAAUUUUGGAUCCACUCUAACUCGAUCGUCCUCCCCCUCCAGAAACUGUGACAGGCACUAUGACAGCCCAUCGAAGUAGUAAUCCAUUACAGACUGUGAUACAUGCUGGUCACAGACCGUUGCAAAACAUGACAUAGGUUGUUGAUAUACGAUCGCAAACUGUCUAUCGAUGACGGCUUGUAACAAUAUACUAAUUAUUUCUUUUUUGCAUCUCUGAAGAAUUCUGUAAAAGCAGGGUGAAGAAAUGUGUCCACAAUAUGCAUUAAAAAAAACGAUCUCUCUGUGAUCAACAGCAGCAGCUUUAUCGUGUUUCGCAUUUUAAUCUCAGUGUUGGCGCUAAUAGCUUUAUUUAUUACUCUUUUCUUUUUAGGUCCAAUUCAGCCAACAACAGGUAAUCGAAACUAUGAUAAUCAACGUGAUUUAGAAUCUAAAUUAUUCCAAUGGCAAUGUCCACGAUGUACAUUUCUUAACGAUGAUUCAUCUCGCACAUGUGAAAUGUGUUCAUGUGAAAAAGGUUCUUAG